UCAAGGCGCACAUUUUCCAGGCGCUCUCUCAGAGUACACAACUCUGCUUCGAAGUAAGACAUAUUCUAGAACACACUUCUGGAAUGCAUAGAGUCAUUUGCCUGGUGCUACUGUCAAGUCUUUGGAUCUUUCCCUGUGAAGGAUACAACCCUUGCUGUGCACAACCUUGCCAAAACCAGGGUGUGUGUUUAUCCAAGGGUGCUGAUGCCUAUGAAUGUGAUUGUACCAGGACAGGAUAUUAUGGUGUGAACUGCACUACCCCUGAACUUUUCACAUUCAUCAAAUCCACACUGAAACCAAGACCAAGCCUUGUGCAUCACUUUUUAACACAUUAUAAAUGGAUCUGGGACAUCAUCAACAACAUCUCUUAUCUGAGAGACACCAUAAUGCGCUAUAUCCUGACAUCAAGGUCACACCUGGUUGACAGUCCACCAACAUACAAUGCAGAUUAUGACUACAAAAGCUGGGAAGCGUACGCCAACCUGUCCUAUUACACCCGCAGUCUUCCACCAUUGCCCAAGAACUGCCCUGCACCUGAUCUCCCUAAUGCAAAGCAGGUGGUGGAGAAGGUGCUCUUGAGGAAACAGUUCAUCCCUGAUCCACAGAGGACCAGUCUUAUGUUUGCUUUCUUUGCCCAGCAUUUCAGUCACCAGUUCUUCAAGACUGACUUUAAAAAAGGACCAGCCUUCACUAAAGCUCUGGGUCAUGGAGUGGAUUUGGGGCAUAUUUAUGGGGAGACAUUGGAGAGACAACACAAACUUCGCUUAUUUAAAGAUGGCAAGCUGAAGUAUCAGGUUGUAGAUGGAGAGGUGUACCCUCCUCUAGUGAAGGAUGUCCAGGUGGAGAUGCAUUACCCUCCUCACAUCCCAGAGGAACAGAAAUUUGCUGUGGGCCAUGAGGCCUUCGGUUUGGUUCCAGGUUUGAUGAUGUAUGCUACCAUUUGGCUGCGUGAGCACAAUCGUGUCUGUGAAAUCAUGAAGCAAGAACAUCCUGAUUGGGACGAUGAGAGAAUCUUCCAAACCACUCGACUCAUCCUGAUUGGUGAGACCAUCAAAAUUGUGAUUGAGGACUAUGUUCAGCACCUGAGUGGCUACCAUUUCAAGCUCAAGUUUGACCCAGAGCUUCUCUUCAGUCAACGCUUCCAGUACCAGAAUCGCAUUGCGGCCGAAUUCAACACUCUUUAUCACUGGCAUCCGCUGAUGCCCGACAACUUUCAGAUCCAGGAUCAGGUCUAUGGCCACCAUCAGUUUGUAUUUAACAACUCCAUAGUGACAGAACAUGGCAUCAGCAACUUGGUGGAGUCCUUCACUAAGCAGAGGGCUGGACGGGUUUCUGGUGGAUGGAACCUGCCAGUUGCAGUGCAGGGAGUAGCUGUUAAAGCUCUCGAGCAUUCCAGAGCGAUGCGCUACCAGUCUUUUAAUGCUUACAGAAAACGUUUCAACAUGAAGCCCUAUUCCUCAUUUGAGGAAAUGACAGGAGACAAGGGGCUAGCAGCUGAACUGGAGAAGCUGUAUGGUCAUAUAGAUGCAGUUGAGCUGUACCCCGGUCUUCUUGUGGAGAAGCCCAGACCCAAUGCUGUCUUUGGGGAGACAAUGGUGGAGAUGGGAGCGCCCUACUCUCUCAAAGGCCUCAUGGGAAAUGCUAUUUGUUCUCCUGAAUACUGGAUGCCCAGCACAUUUGGUGGGAAAGUGGGAUUUGACAUUGUUAACACUGCCUCAUUAAAGAAGCUGGUGUGCUUGAACAUCAAAGGACCCUGUCCAAUGGUUUCCUUUCAGGUGCCUGAUGAUUCCAGGAAAAUCAUGUCAACUGAGAAUGAGGAACUACCAGCAACAAAAACAGGGCCCAAAGGGGUAAUCCAUGACUGGAGGAAGUUCAAACUGGAGAGCGAAGACUCUCAAAGCAUCCCUCCAGACAAGAGAGAACUUCUCAGACAGAUGUCUAACCCCAAAUCUAACAAUGAUGACAGACAGGAAAAACCCACUCGCAAGAUGAGUGUUCAGGAAUACGAGAUAAUCCAAGAGGACGACGAGAGGUGUCUUUGUAAGUAUCGCAAGCAAUGUAUGCAGGAGAUGCAUGAGUGCCUGAGCUUCGGGCAAAAGUUUGAUGCCAUAUUUGAGUUGGAUAGUGGCGAGGCCUUCCUGGAUGUCAUAGAGAAAGAGCAUCACUUAACCCUCGUGGUGGUGCACAUCUACGAUGACGAGAUUAAAGGUUGUGACGCACUCAACAACUGCCUGACCUGCCUGGCAGCAGAGUAUUCCAGCGUCAAAUUCUGCCGAAUUCAGGCCUCUGUCACAGGGGCUGGUGAGCGCUUUUCAGGCGAUGUUCUGCCCGCCCUGCUGGUGUACAAGGCCGGAGAGCUGCUGGGCAACUUCCUGUGCAUUACAAAGCACCUGAGUGAGGAGUUCUUUGCCAGUGACGUGGAAAACUUCCUAAAUGAGUAUGGUCUUCUACCAGAAAAAGAGUUUGCAGCCUGUCCCGAUGAAGAAGAGAAUGCUGAUGUGGAAUGAUCAAGGUGAAAGUGAAUUACGUUUGCCAAACAAUGAGGGCUGUCAGACUUGUUUCAGAGAUAAAUCCAGUAAUGACGCCAGGAAGUCUAAUGGGCCAUGACUCCAACAAUAACCCCCUUACCCACGCAUGCACACCUUAAGGCACUUACUCACAUUCAGCAAGAUGCAC